AAUAGCCAUUUUAGAUAUAAAAAUGUUUUUACAAUGUAUUGCGAUAUAUAUUGUACUUUUUUGUGGAAUUAAGACUUGCAGAAUACCAAAUCAUAAUGAUAAUGGUACAUCUAGUUGUUGUGGAAACCAUCAAGAAAUAAAUGGUGUUUGUAAAGUAUGCCCUCCAGGUUAUAUUGGAUCAAACGGGAAAUGCGAAACGCCGUGUCCUUGGGGAUAUUACGGAAUAGAAUGUCAGCACAUAUGUAACUGUAGUUAUGAUAAACGGUGCAAUAAUGUUGUGGGAUGCAUUUGUGAUUCUCUAUUCCCUAAUUGUACUACAGAUAUAGAAGAAAGGAUAUUUCAUACAUCAAAUGAUACUUCGAAUUCAACAGUUUCAGAUAUACAGCAGGUUAAUUGGAUUAAGAUUUUAGUGAUAACUUGUACGACUGUUUUGUGUUUUUCAUCUUUAUCAAUGACCUCAAGUUUGAUAUAUUGGCAUUGGUUUCUUGGAAAUUCGUAAACACGUUGUUGUAUAUAUUGAGCCUAUUUGCACCUCCAUACUGUCAACCACAUCUAAUUUUAGAAAAAAGCUUUAAUCAUAAAAUUAUAUAUUAA